UACAAACACGGAAACUCUAUAUAACUCUGAUGGUAUUUUAACCACUGAAGUCUGUUCCACUUGCUGUCUUUUCUCACAUUUCUGGGCAUUCACGUUGUAACUAAUCGCCACUAUUCGGGUCAUUUCGGGUCACAGAGUUAUUAAUCAGCACAGAUCUCUGUAGAGAUGAUUAUUGAGUAUCAGUGGUGGAGCUCUGGAUCUCUCCUGAUGGAUUUACACGCUGUGUGCUGCACUCUGCUCCUGCUGACAUGUUCAGGACUGGGCUUUGGCCAACAGUUGAUAUUACCUGAGAGGAUAAAUAAAGCAGUUGGGGAGAAUGUAGUGAUUACUCCAAUCCGUCUUCCUGACCUCCCUCACUACUUAAUCAGAUGGGAGUUUAAUACAACAAGCAUUGUUGUUGGAACUGAUGUACUGCCACCGUACACAGACAGAGUCAGUAUAGACACCACGACUUUAGCUCUGGAGAUCAGGAAUCUGACUGAGAAUGAUACUGGACCGUAUAUUCUGACGAUAAACACUGCUACAACUGUUGUCACCGGUCAAACCUCACUACAGGUGCUUGUUCCAGUCUCCAGUGUUACCAUUGUACCAAGCCAAACAGAGCUGGUUGAGUUUAACAGCACUGUGAGUUUCGUCUGCUCUGCGUCUGGCUCCUUUGUUUCAUUUAUUUGGCUGAAUGGCAGCUCUGAGAUAACAGCAGGGGAGCGAGUUCUGCUAACAGACAACAACAGCAGUCUGACCAUUACCAGUGUGAUCAGAGGUGACACAGGCCCAUACGAGUGUGAAGCAUCCAACAGCAUCAGCAGAAAAAAGAGUCUCCCAUUGAGCCUCAUCAUUUACUAUAAAGGGAAUGCAGGUGGAGACUCACUGUCUGCAGGAGCUAUAGCUGGGAUUGUUAUUGGGGUUUUAUUAGGGGUCGCUGGAAUUGCUGGUUUGAUUUUCUACUUUGUGAAAGUAAAAGAAAUGCCAAAAACAAACUCCAGAGGAAAUAACCAGAGUGGAGCAACACAUAAUGCAGGUGGACAUGAUUCCUACUAUGAACAUAUGGUAGGUUUCCAAAAUCAGAACCCCGAGGUGAAUGUGGGUAGAUCUGACACUCACCCUAUUAAGGGAGUAAAGAGGACAGACGUCAUCAGCUCUGAGAAGAGGAAGCGGAACCUGAGUGUGAAGAUCUGGGGAAAUCCGGUGGAGGAUUACUCUGAUAGUUUUCCUUUUAAUCGCCACUAUUCGGUGUAUUUGUUGUCGCAUAUUGUGAUUAAUCAGCACAGCACAGCUCUUUUUGAGACGAUUAUUGAGUAUCAGUGGUGGAGCUCCGGAUCUCUCCUGAUGGAUUUACACGCUGUGUGCUGCACUCUGCUCCUGCUGACAUGUUCAGGACUGGGCUUUGGCCAACAGUUGAUAUUACCUGAGAGGAUAAAUAAAGCAGUUGGGGAGAAUGUAGUGAUUACUCCAAUCCGUCUUCCUGACCUCCCUCACUACUUAAUCAGAUGGGAGUUUAAUACAACAACCAUUGUUGUUGGAACUGAUGUACUGCCACCGUACACAGACAGAGUCAGUAUAGACACCACGACUUUAGCUCUGGAGAUCAGGAAUCUGACUGAGAAUGAUACUGGACCGUAUAUUCUGACGAUAAACACUGCUACAGCUGUUGUCACCGGUCAAACCUCACUACAGGUGCUUGUUCCAGUCUCCAGUGUUACCAUUGUACCAAGCCAAACAGAGCUGGUUGAGUAUAACAGCACUGUGAAUUUCGUCUGCUCUGCGUCUGGCUCCUCUCUUUCAUUUAUUUGGCUGAAUGGCAGCUCUGAGAUAACAGCAGGGGAGCGAGUUCAGCUAACAGACAACAACAGCAGUCUGACCAUUACCAGUGUGAUCAGAGGUGACACAGGCCCAUACGAGUGCGAAGCAUCGAACAGCAUCAGCAGAAAUAAGAGUCUCCCAUUGAGCCUCAUCAUUUACUAUGGUCCUGAAUAUGUUAGUGCUUCAGCAGAUCCAGUGGGACCCUUCUACAGCUCUGGGUCUAAUCUCAUAUUGACCUGCUCAGCUGUGUCCAGUCCUCCUGCUGAGUUUCAGUGGGCUGUGAAUGGAACAGAGCUUGGUGAAAUGGGCCGAGAGCUCAAACUGAGCAACAUUCAGAUCAGUCAGAGUGGCAAUUACACCUGCAUAGCCCAUAACAAACAGAGCCUGAGAUUCUCUGUGUCUCAACCCAUCAGCGUCACUGUACUAGUGCAAGUCUCCAGUGUUACCAUAAUACCAAGUCUAAAAGAAGUUGAACUCAACAGCACUGUGAGUUUCUUCUGCUCUGCGUCUGGCUCCUCUGUUUCAUUUAUUUGGCUGAAUGGCAGCUCUGAGGUAAUGGCAGGGGAGCGAGUUCAGCUGACAGACAACAACAGAAAUCUGACCAUUACCAGUGUGAUUAGAGGUGACACAGGGCCAUAUGAAUGUGAAGCAUCCAACAGCAUCAGCAGAAAAAAGAGUCCCCCAUUGAUCCUCACCAUUAAAAUUAAUGAUUCAACAGAUGAGGGAGGAGGUGGAGAUUCACUGUCUGCAGGAGCUAUAGCUGGGAUUGUUAUUGGAGUUUUAUUAGGUGUUGCUGGAAUUGCUGUCUUGAUUUUCUACCUCACGAAAGGCAAAAAAACUUCACGAACAACCUCCAGUGGAAAUAAGCAGAAUGGAGCAGCAUCAAAUGAAGGACAGCAUGAAUUGCACUAUGCAGACGUCCGUCAUCUUCGGAAUAAUCAAGGGCAGCCAGGAACAUCAGCCACAGGAACAGCUCCAACACCAUCUUAUGUGGCUCGGAAUAAUAUGACAGCGACAUCUAAUCCUGCAACACAAAUCAUUUAUUCUGAUGUGAGGAAUUUGUAGAGUGAUGCGACCCCAUUAAAUGUGGACCACACUGACCAAGCUGCCAAUCACCUGCUAAAAAGAGAGAGCACAAUUCAGGAAUUGUUCAAGAGCCAUUUGUGGAUUUGAUCAAUCUGCCACUGAUGUGGAAGAGAAAAUCAUGAGUCCAAAAUCUUGGAGUAACUGAAUGUUUUUCUUUGCAGAUUCUGCUUGAUUAGAAAUAGGUGUCACUGGCCAUUUUAGUGCAAUUCUCAGGGUUGAAUUUCAUUCCUUAGCUUACUUAUAUUAGAUAUAAAUGUAUUAUAGAUAUAUUGGAUUGAAAUCAUUUGCAUUCUAUUAACAUUUUCUGAAAUUUAAUUCUCCAGGCUGUAAUAACUGAAUUGUAAUACAUGAAUUGAAAGGGCAUGUGUGGCUCCAGACAACCUUUGAUUAGAAAUACUGUAUAUCUAUUCCAAAUGACCGGUAUUAUGGCAAAGGGCAUGUCAUAAAACAUGUUUGCUAUUGAGCUGUUUUCGAUUCUCAGAGAGACAGAGCCUGACCUUUGGACCUGCAUAUCUCUGUUACUCAGGGAACCUAAAUGAGGAAGUACUAAAAGUUAGAAAUUAACUGGAUGUUGAAAUAAAAGAAGUGCAACAUAAAACAAUAUAAAAUCAUUCAUUCUAUUCUCUGUACUGAAAGAACAUGCAAAUUCUUUUUGUUAAUAUUUUUUAUUUCAUCUAGGCCUAUGUAAUUUUAUCCAAAUGUUUGUAUAUAAUUGUUUUAUUUAAACUUGAACAGUGCUUGGUGGGAAUUCACACAAAUCAGUUUGUAUGAACGGCUACGAUUCAGUUCACAGCUGUACUUUGACCUCUUUUUUUGAAAUCCACAGAAACUCAUUAUAAUUUUCAUUUAACUUAUUAUUUUUUUUUCUAAACUCAUUACAUUAUGACAGAUUUAAAUUCAGUCCAUGAUUUUAGUCAAAAUCUGUCUCUGCACUAACCAUAAAAGAUUAAAAGUUAAAAAGAUUCCAUUUAAAAUUAUUUUUCUGACUUAGCGGAUGUUAAAAUAAUUUGUAUUUCCAAGGCAGACACUGUUAUCCAUAGCCAUUUACAAGAGAGACAGGAAUAUGAUGUAUAUAUAGCUGAGCAGCUGAGGGUUAAGAAGGUCAAACAGUGACUUGGAAAUUAGACACUGCAGAUUUACAAAGCCUUAAAGGAUUGUGUAAAGGAUUGAAUAAAAUGUAGUGAAGUUUUAAUCUUUGUGAUACUUCAUGAUUUUUUUUUUUUCUAAACUCAUACUCCCAUAUCUUAUACUGAGUAUAAGAUACUCCCAUAUCUUAUACUAAGUCUGACAGCUUUACAGUAUAUAUAUUUUUUUUAUCUAUUAUGCUGCAACUCUCAUUUAAAUCAUUUGUUAACUGUAUCCACUGUUAUGGUCAGAGCCUAAUCACAAACCUCAACCUCCCAUUUCUCCCUGAGAACAUGGCUAACAAAAACCAAUAUUUUAAAUGUUCAGAGCUAAGGGUUAUGGGAAAUGAUUUUAACAUCUUUACAUCGUUACAACAUAAAG